AUGUCGCGCCCUCCGAACCAACCAAAGCACAACGAAAAGCAGCCCGGCGAAACUACGAAAGGCCCCCGUAUUGUCCUCCGCCUUCGGCCCCCCGUUCAAGUAACAUACACCCCAGAAGGCAACCGAAUACUACACAUACCCCUCUCCCUCUCCGCCAUCGCCGAAAUCCUAACGCGCACCCCACGCCGCGCGCAACCCCGUCUACCCAAAGCACGCCCUCCCGCUGGCCCCACAUCAAACCCCACAUUGGGCCGCGUGGAGGAACUGCUUGCCAUCCUGCAGGAGGAUGUGCGCGAGAUGCGCAGCCAGCUUGAUGUCAGACGACGCAUGGGCCUGGGGGCUUUCUACCCAUUGGCGGAGUUUGCAGCGGUGGAAGACCUGGUCCGGGCGGUGACGGCGGAGAGCUUCAGUCUCCGGGUGGCUGAGACGUUGCGGGCCCGUGGCAUCGACCCCCGCGCUCCAUCCUUCGUUGGGAUGGCCACUUCAACGACGUCGACUGGCUACCCCGAAGACGACAGACAGACUGCUGGGGUCGACCCUUACUCAGACUCCGAGUCUUCCAUUGGCGACGAUGAAGCCUCGGAUGUGACGGACUCGGAUGUCGAUUCAUCCGAUACCGACAUGUAG